AUGUCGCAAACAUUUACCCCAGCCGAUGUCGCCGCCCACAACACCGCGGACAAGGGCCUGUACAUCAUUGUCGACAAUGCCGUGUACGAUGUGACCCAGUUCGUGGAUGAGCACCCUGGAGGCGCCAAGAUUCUGAAGCGCGUAGCGGGCAAGGAUGCAUCCAAGCAGUUUUGGAAGUACCACAACGAGUCCGUGCUGAAGAAGUACUCGCCCAAGCUGAAGAUCGGCGACGUGAAGGAGGCUCCUAAGCUGUGA